UUUUUAAUUUUUCAUGUUUUUGUGUUCUUGUUUGUUUUUUUUUUUUCCUUACAGGGAUGCACUCUGAUUCUUUAUUAGUUUAUUUGAUUUUAGCAGUACUCAUUCGUUUCACAUCUGGAGAAACAGAAGUGAAGUUCAGUGGACAAACAGAGUUUGUAGUUAAUGAAACAAGUACAACCGUGAUUCGCCUUGUAAUUGAGAGGACAGGGAAGCCUGCUAAUGUCACAGCAAUUGUGUCGAUUCACGGAGAAGACACGGGGGACUUUUUUGACACAUACGCAGCUGCAUUUAUACCUGACACAGAAACAAACCGAACAGUGUAUAUAUCUGUUUGCGAUGAUGACCUUCCAGAGGCAGAUGAAACAUUCACAUUUUACUUGACACUACCAAAACAAUCUGCAAAGAUAAAACUUGGCUCACCCAAGACUGUCACUGUAACAAUCUUAUCAAAUGACAAUGCCUUUGGAAUAAUUUCUUUUAACAUGUCUGCCUUAAUCACCGUGAAUGAGCCCAAGGGCAGAAAUGAAUUUGUGCCUCUUACUCUAAUUAGAGAGAGGGGAACAUAUGGGACGGUCAUCGUAACUUUUGAGAUAAAAGAUGGUCCAAACCCAGCCGAAGAAGACUUUAGUCCAGCCAGGGGUAACAUUACAUUUACUCCUGGAAGAUCUGUACUGAUUUAUAAUUUAACUGUGCUUGAUGAUCAGAUACCUGAAAAUGAUGAAUUGUUUGCUGUUUAUCUGAGGAGUGUGGAAGGAGGGGCUGAAAUCAAUACCACAAAAAACUCCAUUCAGAUUAAUAUUAGGAAAAAUGACAGCCCUGUGCGAUUCACUCAGAGCAAUUACGUGGUACCCGAGGAAGCUGAUGUGCUAAGAAUUCAAGUGGUUCGUGGUAAAGAUGACAGUGGAAAAUUAAUUGGACCUGAUGAUUGUGAAGUAUCUGUCACUUACACCAUCGUAACUGGGAAUUCAACAUCACAUGCACAGCUUAAUUUAGAUUUCUUAGAUCUACAGCCAAAUACAACUAUUGUUUUCCCACCUCUAGUUCAUGAAAUAUAUAUAAAAUUCAAGAUUCUUGAUGAUGCCAUACCAGAAAUCGCUGAGACCUUUCAGAUUGUUCUUCUUAAGGACACUUUACAGGGUGAUGCUGUUUUGGUUAAUCCAUCUACUGUUCAUGUCACCAUCCAACCAAAUGAUAAACCCCAUGGAGUGCUUUCAAUCAACAGUAUCCUGUUUGCUCAGACUGUUAUUAUUGAUGAAGACAAAAUUUCAAGGUUUGAAGGGAUCACAAUAGUAAGAAAUGGUGGAACACAUGGAAAUGUUUCUGUGACCUGGGUUAUAAUCCGAAAUAGCAGUGAUCCCUCACCUGUGACUGCAGACCUCAUACCAGAGACUGGGGAAAUAUAUUUUGAUCAAGGGCAGAUGCUGGUUACAAUUCCUCUGAACAUUCUUAAUGACGAUAUGCCAGAAGAAGCAGAGCCCUAUCUUCUGCAGCUCUUAGCUCAUACUGUACAAGGAGGUGCAGAAGUCAGUGAACCAUCCGAACUUUUGUUUUACAUUCAGGACAGUGAUGAUGUUUAUGGCCUAAUAAAAUUUUACCCUUUGGAGAAUCAGAAGAUUGAAAGUAACCCAACAGGACGCUUUUUGUCCUUGAGUUUUGCAAGGGAGAGAGGAACGGUUGGAGAUGUGCAGUUAAUUUAUACUGCACUGUAUAUUCCAGCUGGAGAUCUGGAUCCUGAGAGAGCAAAAGAUGGCAUUCUAAAUAUCUCUAGAAACAAUGUUCUCAUGUUUCCAGAAGGAAAAACACAUGAAACUCUAAAUAUACCAAUAAGAAAUGAUGCAUUUCUUCAAAAUGGUGCUCAUUUUCUCAUACAGCUCAAACAAGUUGAGCUAGUGAAUAGAAUUCCUAUGGUCCCUUCUGUGAGUCCUCGACUAGGUGAGAUUCGAAAUAUUUCUCUCAGGAUUACUCCAGACAUUGCAAAUGGAGAAAUAGGCUUUAUUAGCAAUCUUCCAAUUAUUCUUUCUGAGCCAGAAGAUUUCCCUGCCACAGAGGUUUCUAUUGCAUUGCAUCGAGAUGGGACUGAUGGUCAAGCAACUGUGUUCUGGAGUUUGAAACCCUCUGGUGUCAAUCAAAAGGCAGUAACACACGAUGAUAUAGGUCCCUUUAAUGGCUCUGUCGUUUUCUUAUCUGGACAAAGUGAUACUACAAUCAACAUCACUAUUAAAGCUGAUGAUAUACCUGAAAUGAAUGAAACAGUGUUAUUAACUUUGGACAGAGUAGAAACAGAAAGGUUUGUCGUGUACUUUGGGGUCAGUGUGGAAAAUCAGAUAUUGAAAUAUGGGUUUACUACUCGUGAAAUCAUUAUUUUGGAAAAUGAUGAUCCUGGAGGGGUGUUUGAAUUUUCUCCCUCUUCGAGAGGUCCCUACAGUAUCAAGGAAGGAGAGUCUGUUGAGCUGCAGAUUGUUCGCACUAGAGGAAGUCUUGUUAGACAGUUUCUACGCUACACGGUAGAACCAAGAGACAAUAAUGAGUUUUAUGGAAGCACAGGAAUUCUGGAGUUUAAGCCUGGUGAAAGAGAGAUCAUAAUUACCCUACUGACAAGAAUGGAUGGGAUUCCAGAGUUGGAUGAGAUAUAUUCUGUGGUACUUAGUGCCCACAGUGAAAUGCCCGGCAAACUGGGAAAUGCCACAAUGGUCAAUAUAACCAUUUUAAAGAAUGAUGAUCCACAUGGUAUCAUUGAGUUUUUACCUGAUGAACUAACAGUAACAAUAAACGAAAGUAAAGGAGAAGACAUCUAUACUGCUGUUUACAGAGUUAUAAGAAACCAAGGAAACUAUGGAAAUGUGAAUGUGUCUUGGGUUGUUAAUCCAGCAUGUACCAAUGAUGUCUAUCCAGAAGGAGGGACUAUUUUCUUUGAUAAUUUGGAGUUUUCAAAAAAUAUCACCAUUUACUCCCUCCCAGAUGAGGUACCUGAAGAGAGAGAAGUAUUCAUCAUCAGCUUAUUCAAUGUUACAGGUGGAGCCAGACUGGGCAAUGUAACCAGUGCAAUUUUACAAAUUACAGGGAAUGAUGAUCCCAUUUAUUUUGCAGAACCUCUGACAGUGACUGUUCAAGAAGGAAGUGCUGCAAACUUUACAGUCUUAAGGAAUGGAUCUGUUGAUGUUGCUGUUGCUGUCCAGUAUAUUACAGUCAAUGGAGAUGCAACAGCUGAAGAAGGAGACUUUGUUCCCAGUGGAAAGAGCAGCAUCAUUUUCUUUGAUAUUGGAGAAAGAGAGCAGAACUUAUCUGUGUAUAUUAAUGAUGAUGAUACCCCUGAAACUGAUGAAACAUUUUAUGUUCUCCUUUUGAAUUCUACAGGGGACACUGUUAUCUUUAUGGCUGGAAUGGCUACAGUUAUAAUUGAAGCAAAUGAUGACCCUAAUGGAAUUUUCUCUUUGGAACCUUUAGAAAAGGCAGUGGAGGAAGGCAAAAGUAAUGCUUUUUUGAUUUUGAGACACAGAGGACAUUUUGGCAAUGUUUCUUUGAGCUGGCAGCUGUUCGAUAACAACUCCGCGCUGAAGCCAGGAGAAGAGUUCUACGAAACUUAUGGAACUGUGUUCUUCAUGGAUAGUGAAAGAUCAAAGCCAAUAAUACUACAUGCUAUUUCAGAUAGAAUUCCUGAAUUCAAUGAAUUUUACGUUCUAAAGUUGGUGAAUGCUUCAGGUGGAUCUCCUGGUCCUGGUGGCCAGUUAUCCGAAACCAACCUUUCUGUAAUCGUCAUGAUCCCUUUCAAUGAUGACCCUUUUGGAGUGUUUGUUAUAGAUCCAGAGAGCCAGGAGAGAGAGAUUGUGGAAGAUACUCUUUCUGAAGAUGAUCUUUCCUAUAUUACAGACUUCACCAUCUGGAGACAGCAAGGCACAUUUGGUGUUGUCCGAUUAGGUUGGGAAAUACUGUCUGGUACAUUCUCAGAUGGACUGCCAGCAAUGAUAGAUUUCUUAUUGCUUGGAUCCUUUCCAAGUUCAGUCAAAUCACAGCCCCACAUGAGGCGCCAUCACAGUGGAACAGAUGCUUUAUAUUUCAGUGGAAAAGGGGAUGCAUUUGGCAUUAUUGGUCCUGAAGAUCCAUACAACGGAAAGACCGCACUAACCAAUUUUACAUUUUCAGCAUGGCUAAUUCCUAAUGUCAAUACGGAUGGGUAUAUAGUUGAAAAGGACAGUGAUAAUGGGACUUUAUAUUAUGGUGUGAAAAUCCAAACAAAUGAUUCUCAUGUUUCUGUAGUUCUUCAUUACACAGCAUUAGGAUCCAAUAUGACAUAUAUGGCCAAAACAGCAAUCAUGAAAUACCUGGAUGAGAAUACUUGGCUUCACCUUUUGAUUACUCUUGAUGAAAGUAUAAUUGAAUUUUACAUUGAUGGAAUUCUAGUUCUAGGAGGAAUGAAGAGUUUGAAAGGAGAAGCGAUUGUUGAUGGUCCAGGAAUAGUAAGAAUUGGAGCAGGAAUCAAUGGCAGCAGUAGGUACACAGGGCUAAUGCAGGAUGUAAGGCUUUAUGAGCGUAAAUUGACACGUGCAGAGAUCUAUGAACUCCAUGCAACUCCUGCAAAAAAUGAUGUCCACCCUGUCUCUGGAUAUUUGGAGUAUCAGCAAGGAGAAACCAAUAAAUCAUUCAUCGUGUCUGCAAAGGAUGACAAUGAGGAAGAAGGAGAGGAAUUAUUCAUACUAAAGCUCAUUUGUGUGCAUGGUGGAGCUCGGAUUUCACAAGAAAAUACCACAGCAAGAUUAAGAAUACAAAAAAGUGAUAAUGCUAAUGGUUUAUUUGGCUUCACUGGAGCAUGUAUCCCUGAGAUAUCUGAUGAAGGUUCCACUAUAUCCUGUGUUGUGGAGCGUACAAGGGGAGCCCUAGACUACGUGUAUAUAAAGUACAUUAUCUCACAGGUUGAUUCCACUGGCAUUAAUUACUCUGUUACCGAUUUUUCUAAUAGCAGUGGCACUAUCACAUUCCUCCCUUGGCAGAGAUCAGAGGUGUUAAAUUUGCAUGUUAUUGAUGAUGACAUUCCGGAGUUAAAUGAAUAUUUCCGUGUGACAUUAGUCUCUGCAGUGUCUGGAGAUGGAAAACUAGGUUCAACUCCUACCAGUGGAGCAAGUAUAGAUCCAGAGAAGGAAACUACUGAUAUCAGCAUCAGAGCCAGUGACCACCCAUAUGGUCUGCUUCAGUUCUCUGUGGGGCUACCUCCUCAGCCAGGUGAUAAAAUGAUUCUUCCAGCUUCUUCUGUGCCCCACAUUACUGUUAAAGAAGAAGUUGGACACAUCAGAUUACUGGUAGUUCGUGCACAAGGCCUUCUUGGAACAGUUCUGGUGGAAUACAGAACAGUGCCACUUUCGGCUUUCAGCCCAAAAGAUUACCAGGCUGUCAUGGGCACACUGGAAUUUCAGCCAGGAGAAAGAUACAAGUACAUUACAGUUAACAUCACUGACAAUUCUAUUCCUGAAUUAGAAAAAACAUUUGAAGUGGAGUUGUUGAACCCAGAGGGAGGAGUUGCUGAGCUCUUUAGAAAUGAUGGCAGUGGUAGUGGUGAUGGGAACAUGGAUUUCUUCCUUCAAACUGCCUAUCAGCAUGCCAGCUUGGGAAUUGCAUCGCACAUCAUUGUGACUAUUGAAGCUUCUGAUGAUGCUCAUGGAGUGUUUGAGUUCAGUGCUGAGUCACUCUCGGUGAAUGGAACUGAGCCUGAAGAUGGAGAUAGCAAUAUUGUGCUUCAGAUUGUGAGAACUCGUGGGGCCCUGUCUGAAGUGACUCUGCACUGGAUCAUAGACUGUGAUCUUACUGAAGAUCUCAUCUCUACAUAUGGAAACAUAACUUUUGAUGUCGGCCAAGUGAGAGCAAACAUCACAGUACAGGUUUCUCCUGAUGAUGUUCCUGAACUGGAUAAGAUAUUUUCAGUUUUGAUCAUCAACGUUUCCAAUGGUCGCCUUGGAAAUCAUACUAAUGCAACAUUGACAAUUUUAGCUAAUGAUGAUCCAUAUGGACUGUUCAUCUUUUCUGAGAAAAACAGACCAAUAAAAGUUGAGGAAGAAACAAAAAAUGUCUCCUUGACAAUAGUAAGGCUUGGUGGUGUCCUCGGUACAGUAAUGGUAACAUACAGAACUCUAGGUGAUGAUGAAAAGUCAUCCUUUCUUCCACCUAAUGUUGUUAGAGCAAUACAAGGAGAAGAUUAUAUACCCAUUACUGGCUAUACAGUCUUUGCUGCCAAUGAAAGAGAGGCCACAAUAUUUUUACCUAUUUUAGAUGAUGAUGAUCCUGAGAGGUCAGAAUCUGUUUUUGUGGAGCUAAACAAUACUGUUUUGAUUGAAAAAGUGCAGGAUCGGCCAAUUGUAAAUUCUCCUCGUCUUGGAUCAGCGAGUGAGACAAUAGCUCAUGUAAUUAUCAAUGCCAAUGAUGAUGCUUUUGGAACACUUCAGCUUUCAGCUUCAACUGUGCGAGUUGCUGAAAAUUAUGUUGGACCAAUCAUUAACGUGACCAGAACUGGGGGAAUAUUUGCAGAUGUUUCUGUGAAAUUUAAAGCUAUGCCAAUAACUGCAACAGCAGGAGAGGACUACAGUGUAGCCUCAUCGGAUGUUGUCUUACUAGAAGGAGAAACAAGUAAAGCUGUGCCAAUUUAUAUAAUUAAUGAUAUAAAUCCUGAAGUUGAGGAGUCCUUUUAUGUUCAGCUGCUGAAUCAAACAACAGGUGGAGCCCUGCUUGGAUCUUUGACUAGGGCAAUCAUAAUUAUCGAGGCUUCUGAUGACCCAUUUGGAUCUUUUGUUUUUCAGAUCACUGAAUUCACUGUGGAGGAGCCUGAAUUUGGAUCAGUACCCAUAGAUCUGCCAGUAAUCCGCAAUGCUGGGACCCUUGGUAAUGUGACUGUUCACUGGAUUGCUACCAUUGAUGGACAUCUUGCUCAUGCUGACCUGCGGUUUGCCACAGGCAAUAUUACUUUUGCCCCUGGAGAAACCUUUCAGAUGCUGCUGUUGGAAAUCCUGGCUGAUGAUGUUCCAGAAAUAGAAGAAAUUGUCCUUGUAGUAUUAACUCAGGCCUCCAAUGGUGGUACUAUUGGGGUAGAUGGCAUGGCAAAAAUUACAAUACCCGCCAAUGAUAAUCCUUAUGGCACAGUUUUCUUCCAUCAAUCCUUAUAUCGAAUCCAGGAGCCACUGGAAAGAAAUUUGCUUGCAAACAUAACAGUCAGACGAAGUGAGGGAAGAUUUGGUCAGCUGCAGAUUUUCUACAGCACGUCUGAGACUGACAUUGUAGCUCUUGCUGUUGAGCAAGGCCAGGAUAUCCUGGCCUAUUAUGAGUCUCCUGUACAAGGAAUUCCUGACCAACCAUCCAAGACCAGAGUAAAUGUGUCAGCAGCAAGUGACCCAGUGUACAUCUGUGCAACUCAGUGCCUAAAAGAACAAGCCUGUUCAGCCUUUACAUUUUCCAAUGCCUCUGGGAUUCCUCUCUGCCUUUGGCUAACAUCGGAGAUCAGCCCUUUAACUAACAUUUCAGGAUUCUGGACCUACAAGAAGAACUUUACUAGUGCAUUCACUCUGUUUAGCACACAAGCCAGUGCUGGCAGUGAUUAUCAACCUGUUACAAGACAAUGGGCCAUAAUGGAGGAAGGGGAAGAAUUUACAAAUCUCACAGUUACCAUACUGCCUGAUGAUCUGCCUGAACUGGAUGAGAAAUUCACCAUAAUCCUUUUGAAAGUUGAAUUAAUGAACAUUUCAGCAAGCUUAAAAAAUCAACCAACUAUAGGACAGCCAAAUACUUCCACAGUUAUCAUAAUGAUGAAUGGAGAUGCAUUUGGAGUAUUUAAGAUCUACAGUGUAAGUCCCAAUGCAUCAGAGAAAGGCCUGUAUGUUGAAGUAGAGGAACGUCCUCAAGCCAGUGUGCAGCUAAUGAUACACAGAACAGAAGGCAGCUUGGGACAGGUGACAGUGCAAUGGCAUGUAACUGGUGGAACUGCUACUCCAAACGUGGAUUUUAUAGGUGUUGGUGAGACUCUGGUGUUUGCUGAAGGUGAAACAAAAAAGAUGGUUGUGCUGACCAUUUUAGAUGAUUCAGAGCCAGAGGACAAUGAAAGCAUCAAAAUCAGCCUUAUUCAUACUGAAGGAGGGAGUCGGAUUCUGCCCAGUUUUGACACUGUCACAGUGAUUAUUCUAGCAAGUGAUAAUGUGGCAGGAAUUAUAAGCUUUCAUACAGCAUCAAGAUCAGUUAUUGGUCGUGAAGGAGAACAACUGCAAUUCCAUAUUGUAAGAACUGCUCCAGGACUUGGAAACGUUACAGUUGAGUGGAAGAUAGUAGGGCAUAAUGUAAAACAAAAUUUUGAAACCAAUUCUGGAAUCCUUUUUUUUGCUGAGGGAAUGCUGAAUACAACAUUAUAUGUUCAUCUGCUGGAUGACCAUAUUCCUGAAGAAAAAGAAGAAUACCAAAUCAUCUUGUACAACAUCAGAACAGAAGGAGUUCCUCCUACAGGUGCUGCUGUUUUGGAUAGUCAAGGAUAUGAAGCUGUUCUAACGGUAGAAGCUAGUGAUGAACCACAUGGAGUCCUAAAUUUUGCUUCCACAUCCAGAGUAGUUUUAAGUCCAGAAGAAAAUAAAACAAUUCAGCUUUUUAUUAACAGAGAAUUUGGAUCCCUAGGUACUAUCAAUGUUACAUAUGCCACAGUUACAGGAUUGCUCUCUGUAAGUAAUCAGACAGAACCAACCUUGGCGGAACCUGGAGAUGAUUAUGUACCUGCUUCUGGCUCACUGAUUUUAGAAGAAGGAGAAACAUCAGCUGCCAUAAAUAUUACUAUCCUAGAGGACGAUAUACCAGAGGUGCAAGAAUUUUUCUUGGUUAAUUUAACUUCAGUGGAACUCAUCAUGAACCACUCAAUUUCAUCCCCACCUAGGCUGGAUGUGGAAGGUUUAGCUUCUCAAAUUAUUAUUGACGCUAAUGAUGGAGUAAGAGGAGUAAUUGAUUGGGAAGGUACCAAUUUUGAAGUUAGUGAAUCUCAUGGGAAUCUGACAAUAAUGGCUUACCGAAACAGAGGAUCAUACGGCAAUGUGUCUGUAUUUUUUUAUGCCCAAAAUUUGGAGGCCCAGCUGGGUUUGGAUUUUUACGUGACCUCAAGAACUCUUUUUUUUGCUGAUGGAGAAAGGAAUAAGUCUAUUGAUGUCAUGAUUUUUGAUGAUGAGACUCCUGAAGGUGAUGAAAAGUUCCAAUUAAUCUUAACAAAUCCUUCUCUGGGGCUGGAAUUAGGGGAGAACACAACAGCUACAAUCACUAUACUUGCCAAUGAUGAUGGCCAUGGAGUUUUGUCAUUCAAUAACAGCGAUCACUUCUUCUUGAGAGAGCAAACAGCCAUCCAUUUGUUGGAAAGUGUUGCAGUAUUGAAUAUUAUUAGAGAACCUCCUCAGGGAAUAUUUGGUACUGUGACUGUUCAGUAUCUUGUAAGUGAAAUUAAUUCUUCAGAGCCAUCAGUGGACUUGACCCCUUCUCAAGGAUACAUUGUGCUGGAAGAGGGAGUCAGAUUGAAGACACUACAUAUUUCUGCAAUACUAGAUGAAGAACCAGAAAUGGAUGAGCAUUUUAUUGUCACCCUGUUCAAUCCAACUGGAGGAGCCAGAUUAGGCACAAGAGUGGAAACUAUGAUUACUGUUUUACAGAACCAGGCUCCUCUAGGGCUUUUCAGCAUCUAUCCAGUUUCUAAUAGGACAAAUUUUCUUAUCGUUGAAGAAGCCAACACUACAGCUUAUUUAAAAGUUUCACGGACUAAUGGGCUCAAUACUUCUGUGAGCAUUGAGUGGGAGACACAGUCAAACACUGCAUUUGGCAUCAGGGGUGGCAUCAGCGUCCUGUCUGUUUUGCAAAGUUUUGUGGAAGAGUCAGUGUCUAGUUGGUGUUUCUUUACCUCAGGAGAAAUUUUGUAUGGUGUUCUGUUGCAUGUGCCUCCAGCCACGUUUUCUACUGUCUACCAGUGGAAAGGAGUAUUUAUUCCUGUUGAGAAUUUCACUAUGUGGAAUCCUAAAAGCUGCAUGUCUUAUAAAAUUGGUGGUUCUUCCUACCUUGUGAUUAGCCAUGGAGGAGCUGGACAGGGAGCUUCUGACAACAGUGUGUAUACAUUCAUGCCUGGACGCAGAUUGUUGUGGAUGCAAACUCUAUCUGUUCUGGAUACCAGACAUGUGAAACAUUUUACUGUGGAGAACGAAGACUAUUUGAUUAUUGUGAGCCAUCCAACUAGUUCCAGUUCCAUCCAGAUUUUCCAGUGGAAUAAAAACACGUUUCUUCUGCAUCAUCAACUUCCACUUCAUGGAGUUCUGAACAUAGACUUGUUUCCUAGGGGAGGCUUCAUGUAUAUGUUAGUUUCUUUAUCAAAUACUAGCCAAAACAUGCUCUUGUACGAGUGGUUGAAUAAUGAGUUUAGGAGGCUUCAUGAAGUACCAGAAAAAGAAGUAAAACAUAUGGAGUCCUGGAUUUCUGGAUCUGAUAUAUAUUUAAUUACUGCAAAAGAAUCUGGAAAUUUUUCUGAAAUUUUUAUCUGGGAGACAGGGCAGUCUACUUUUAGACACUUUCAGUCUCUUCCAGUGCAUGAUGUCAGAAACAUCCAUGUCUUCAUGCCCCCUUCAGGUUUAGUUCAUAUCCUGCUAGCAGGUAAAGAUACAACAGCACUGUAUUCUUGGAACUCAGAAGCAAACUCGUUCUCUAUAAUGCUAGAGGCCCCGUAUGCAGAUCAUAUCACAUCAGUUAUUGCAAGUUCUUUGAACUCCAGCAAAAGCUUGAUUGUUUUGACUAUAGAAUCCAACUCCCAGAUUUAUGAACUGACCACUGUUUCCAACCAGUCGGAUUUUAUACCCAGUUCAGGUGAAUUGAUAUUUGAUCCUGGGGACAUGGAAGUUGUGAUAGCUGUCAAUAUCCUUGAUGAUGUUAUCCCAGAAGAGGAAGAAUGCUUCAGAGUGUGGCUGAAAAAUCCUAAAGGAGGUGCAGAGAUUGGUUCUCAUGGUUUUGUUGACAUUAUUAUUCCUUCAAAUGACAAUGCCUAUGGAGUCAUAGCAUUUGCUCAGAAUUCUUUAUUUAAGCAGGUUGAAGAAAUGGAACAGGACAGUUUAAUCACUUUGAAUGUUGAACGUUUAGUAGGAACGUAUGGACGAGUGACAGUAGAAUGGAUAGCCAAUGGGAGCAUAAGUGAUGUAUUUCCAGCUUCAGGAAUGAUUACAUUUUCAGAAGGUCAGGCACUGUCCAUGAUCACACUGACAAUUCUUGCGGACAGUGCUGCAGAGCUUUCAGAGACUGUGGCUAUCACCCUCACUCGUGUGACCACUGUGGGUGUUCAAGAUACUACGAGAGGAGCUAUCAUUGAUCCCAAAAAAUCAAGAGCAAUACUUACCAUUUUACCUAGUGAUUCACCACAUGGUGUGAUUGGCUGGCAUUCAAACUCUCUCUUUGUUAAAGUCACAGAGCCAGAAGGACAAAUGAAUUCAACUGUUACUUUGCAAAUUGUUCGUGAGCAAGGAUUUGUUGGAGAGAUUGCAGUUCAGUUGAGUACCAAACCUAAUUUGGACCUUCCUCUCUCCAACCAAGCAACAGAGAAUGAGGAUUAUAUAAUAGAAAAGAAGACAAUUAUUAUGAUGGAGAAUGCAACAAUAACUUCUGUCAUGAUCACUAUUUUACCUGAUAAUGUUCCAGAAUUACAGGAAGGAUUUAUAAUCAAUAUUACUGAUGUGAAACUGAUUGAUUCUCUCACUAGAGGUCAGCCAAGUGUGAAAAGGAUUGGUUUAGAAAUAGCUGAAAUAACAAUUGAAGAAAAUGAUGAUGCAAGAGGAAUAUUUAGUUUCAGUGUUACAAAGGAUAAAACUGGAACUGUUGCUGCUUAUGAGGUACCACCACCACAUAAUAUACUGAAACUUCCAGUUGUUCGACAGGCUGGGAGGUUUGGGUCUGCAGUUCUGUAUUGGGAAGCCAUUCUUUUAACUGCUGGGUUUGAGGACUUUACACCAUCAUCUGGAAACCUUACAUUUGCAGAUGGGCAGGAUACAGGAGAAAUAGAAAUUACAAUCAUAGAUGAUAGUGAAGUUGAAUUCCUUGAGACCUUCAAAAUUGCUUUAGUGAGAGUAACCGGUGGUGCAAGACUUGGAGAUGAAACACUAGUAACUGUUGCUAUUCCACCAAAUGAUUCUCCUGUUGGAGUAUUUGGUUUUGAAGAAAAAAAUAUAAUACUGAAGGAACCUCAGACACCUGAUGACUCUGCAGCGAUUGCACUGCUCACUGUAAAUCGAAGUCCUGGUGGACAGGGAGCAGUUAAAGUGAUAUGGAUUCUCGAGGAGGCUGCUGAACAUGAUCUGACCCCUCUGAAUGGUACCCUUCACUUUAAUGAGACUGAAUCCCAGAAGUUUAUUGUUAUUCGUGCUGUAGAAGAUGGUAUCCUGGAAGGGAAUGAAACAUUUACCAUUCAGCUAGUCUCUGCUGGUGAUGCAGAAAUAUCCCCUGUAAAUGGUCUGGCCACCAUCAUUAUUUUGGGUGAUGAAGGAGCUUCUGGGGUGGUUGGAAUAGGUCAAUCAUUCAAGCAUGUUCUGAUUGGAGAACCUUCUGGAAAUUAUAAUGGGACUGCUCUUAUUAGCCUGACACGUGGCCCAGGGAUUUUUGGUGAGGUCACGAUACACUGGAAUAUAACACCUCCUCAUCAUACAGAAUUUGCUGAAAUAUCGGGAACCUUGACGAUGAGAGAUAGACAGUCUGCUGCAGUUGUUCUAAUACAGGCUCUAGAUGAUGACCAUCCUGAGGAGAAGCGUUAUUACCAGUUUCAACUAACUGGAAUCAGUGAUGGAGCACUAAUAAAUGAAUCUAGCAACAUAGCAAAUAUUACCAUGGCUGCCAGUGAUCUUCCAUAUGGAGAGUUUACAUUUUCAAGAGAAUUAUUCCAAACAACAGAAGAAGAAAGAUGGGUUAACAUCACUAUUGUGCGUUUCGGAGGAUGCUAUGGCAAAGUGCAUCUUUGGUUUCAGAUAAUAAAUGGAACUGCAGAGGAGGGAAUUGAUUUCACUUCCAGAGUAACGGAGUUAUUAUUUGAACCAGAUGAGGAGAGUAAAAUGAUUUUGAUUGAAAUUCAUGAUGAUGACAUUCCUGAAGGUCCUGAAGACUUUUCAGUGAUGAUUACCAAAGUGGAACUUCAAGGAAGUGGAUUUGAUUUUACCAUCAAAGAAAAUGGUCUACAGUUGGAUCAACCUCCUGUAAUAGGAAAUAUAUCCACAGUGCGAGUAACUAUAGCAAAAAGUGACAAUGCAGAAGGCAUCAUAGAAUUUGAUCCGCAGUACAUCUUUGUACAAGUAGAGGAAGAUGCUGGAGUAAUUAUGAUUCCUGUUGUGAGGAAGCGUGGAACUUAUGGCUAUGUAACAGCUGAUUUUCUUUCUCGAAGUAUUUCUGCACUUCCCAAUGGAGUUGACUAUGUAAUCCAUAACAACUCAGUCACGUUUUAUCAUGGUCAGAACCAGACUUUUAUUUACAUCUCUAUUAUUGAUGAUGAAGAAAGUGAAUUUGAAGAGCAAUUUGAAAUCCAACUGACAGGAGCUACUGGUGGAGCAGUCCUUGGACUCCAUUUAGUGAGCCAGAUCACUAUUGCUAAAAGUGACUCACCCCUGGGCAUUGUCCGAUUUCUUAACAAAAGUCGAAUUAUACUUCCCAAUCCUGAUACACCCAUGACAUUGUCUCUGGUGCUGGAAAGAACUGGAAGAUUGUUAGGAGACACACAGAUUAAUUGGGACAUUUUAGGGCCCAAUUCAGAAGACAUUUUAUCUCCUUUGAAUAGUGACAUUGGUGACCCUGUGAAUGGAUCAUUUUAUUUUGGAGAAGGAGAAGGAGGUCUGAGAACUAUUCAUCUACAAAUCUAUCCUCAUGAAGAAAUUGAAGUUCAGGAGAUAUUUGUUAUUAGACUGAGCCUUGUCAAAGGUGAAACAGAAAUAGAUCCAAAGGCAAACAACAUUACACUAAUAAUACAGAAGUUUGGUGAUCCCAAUGGAAUUGUACAGUUUGCUUCUGAAUCGUUAUUUGAGCGGAACUAUACAGAGCCCUCAGCACUGGAGGGACCACUAAGUAUUACACUGUUUCUCAGACGAGUUCAAGGCACUUUGGGAAACAUAACGGUUCAUUGGAAAUUAUAUAGUGAAUUUGACAUGACAGGUGACUUUCUUACAACAGAGGGAUCUGUUGUCAUUGCUGACCAACAGAGUACAGCAGAAAUAAUUAUCUACUUGUUACCUGAUGAUGUUCCUGAACUGGAUGAGAACUAUAUAGUUCAACUGAUUUCAGUAGAAGGUGGAGCAGAUCUAGAUGAAGAUAAAAGAAUUUCAAAGAUAAAUGUUUUUGCAAAUGAUGAUCCCCAUGGAGUAUUUGCCUUGUACUCUGAUCAGCAGUCAGUAUUGGUAGAGAAAGACCUUGAUCGGUAUGUUCAGAUUAAUGUAACUCGGCAUGCUGGGACAUUUGGAGAAGUGGUCACUGAAUACCGUAUCUUGUCUCAUCAAGAAAAAGAACUAAUUGCACCUGAAAAUGAGAGGGGAUAUCUCACCAUAAAAGAUGGUGCCAGCUUUGGUGUGAAAAGAGUGCCAAUAAGCAGCCAGGCAUUCCUUUUAUUGGGCUUGAAUUUUACUCUGGAACUGAUUAAUGUAAGCCUGGUUAGAGAAAGUGCCAAGGAUGUGCCUAAAAUAUUAGAAAAAGCAAAGUCAGCUGUUGUGCUUGUUCCUGCAGAAGCUGCCAAUUCACAGGUUGGCUUUGAAUCUGUGAUUUUACAACUUACAAAUAUUGUAGCAGGAACAGGUCAGGCUGUCAUAACCAGAAAAGGAGUUUAUGGCUCUGUAACAGUUAACUGGAUUUCAGGAUACCCACCAGAACUAACCACUGACUUCAUUCAGCCAGGCAAUAUUACUCCUUCUUUUGGUAUUGUUCUGUUUUCCUCUGGUGAUCUAAGUAAAGUAAUUUCAUUUCGGGCUACACCAAAUAUAAAUAAACGUGAGUCAUUUGCCAUCUCUUUAACAGAAGUGCACAGCAAUGUGUCUGGUGGGGCUCAACUGAGAUCAGGAUUUACAAUAGCUGAAAUUGAGCCAAUGGGGAUAUUCCAGUUUGCUGUUAACUCAACAUUCAUUUCAGUUGAAGAAGAUGUUGAGUCCGUCACACUGCAUGUCCAAAAACUGUUUGGAUUUCGAAGUAAUGUCACUAAAUUGACAUAUCAGACCACUCCAGGAAGUGCCAAACCACUAGAGGACUUUAAGCCUAUUCAUAAUGGGGAGCUUAUAUUUGCACAUUUUCAGACAAAUGCCAUGAUAGAAAUAUCAAUAAUUGAUGACACUCUUUCUGAGAUUGAGGAGUAUUUUUUUGUAAAUUUGACUGCUGUUGAAAUUUUGGAUUUUCAACCUGCUAAACUUGACUGGAGUCCACGUUUAAAUCCAGCUUUCAGUGUUGCAACAAUUAAUAUCCUGGCUAAUGAUAUUCUUCAUGGGAUACUAAGUUUGGGGCCAGAGUUUAUUUAUGUUGAAGAAGAUGCAAACAAUAAUACUCCCAACACAGUGAUAAUUAAUAUCAGAAGGACCCAGGGGUUUACUGGCGAUAUUGAAGUAACCAUUAAAACCUUUGGAGGAAUAAGUGCACAGAGUGGAAUAGAUCAAUAUCCUUUUGAAAAUGUUUAUGGAAAAUCAAACUUUACAUGGGCAAAUGAAGGAGAAGAUUUUGAGGAACAGUCAGUCUCUCUGACUUUGCUGGAUGGAGAAAGAGAAAGCAAGGUGUCCAUAAAAAUUUUUGAUGAUGAUGAGCCUGAAGGACAAGAAUUGUUUUAUGUUUUCCUCUCAGAUCCUAAACAUGGAGCUCAGAUUGUGAAAGGGAAGGAUGAAUAUGGAUUUGCUGCUUUUGCAACUGUGAUUAUUGCAGGAAGUGAUCUUCAGAAUGGCAUUUUGGGAUUCAUUCCAGAAGUACAAAGUGGUCUUAUACUUGAUGAAGAUUCAGAAAACAGAGAGGUGCUGCUGGUUGUUGCGAGGCAAUCAAACAGGGCAUUUGAAGAUGUGACGGUCUUUUGGCGUGUGACAUUUAAUGAAACAAGUGCUGUCCUUCUGAAGGAUGGUGUGAAUUUGGAGAACGAACUUGUGUCUGUGCUGGGAGCCACUACCUGCAUGGCAGGUCAAACAAUGUGCAACAUCUCAAUUGAAAUAAAACCUGAUAAUGUACCUGAAUUUGAAACAUAUUUUUUUGUUGAGCUGUAUGCUGUAAGUGCAGGAGCUGCAUUGAACAGCAGUGCCAGAUUUGCGUUUGUAACAGUUCUUGAAAGUGAUGCACCUCAUGGUUUAGUAUAUUUUGCUGUGGGAUCUCGUUUUGCUGUGGCUCAUAAGAAAACAACUUUAAUCAGUCUGGAAGUGCUUAGAGAUUCUAGUACAUCAGUAACCACAAAGGUUAGCUACAACAUGCAGGAGCUGCAAAAGCCAGAAUCUAUUGGUCGAACCUUCAUAUCUCCAGCUAUUGCGGGACAAGAUUUUGCCAGAUCAGAAGGUUUGCUGACUUUUGAACCUGGACAAAGAAAUAAGUUUCUGGAUGUGACACUUACUCCAAAGACAGCAUCAUUAAACCCAUUUCCUAAACGCUUCCAGGUUGUGCUUUCUAAUCCCACAGGAGGUGCCAGAGUAGAUGAUGUCUAUGGUGUUGCUAAUGUCACCAUUGUCUCAGAUUUGGGCUCCUUGCCAUUCUGGAUGCUGAUUGAUCAACUGCAUCAGCCUCUUGAUGACACAAUUUUACAAAGAGUCCUUCAGAAUCUGAAUGUCAAGGUGGCUACAGAAACUACUGAAGAACAGCUUACUGCUGUGAUGCACGUAAUAGAUAAGGUUACAGAUAUAGGUGAAAAACAUUUACUCACUGGUAAAAGUAGAAGUCUUUUCUAUGAGAUACUCUGUGCUCUCGCUAGUCCAAAACGCAAGGACACACGAGGAUAUAGUCUGCUUGCUGAGGUGACUGAGAAGUUUGCUUUUUCUUUGCUGACUGAGAUAAUGUGUGGAUCACCAGGGGAGAGAGGCAAAAAUAUCCUUGAUAGCUGUCCGUACAUUGCAAUAAUGGCUCACAACUGGUAUCCUCAGCAAAUCAAUGGACACAGAUUUGAUGGAAGAGAUGGGGAUUCAAUUCAAGUGCCUGAGCAUUUAUUAAAGGUCUCUGUUGUAUUAUCUCCUCCCCAAGAAGAGAAUUGUGAAUCUAUACAGUUCACAGAAUACAGCAGUCAACAGUGGUUUCUCACUGGAGAUAAAGAACUUGCCCUAAAGAACAAGGUUUUUUCUAUGAGUUUAAAGAGUCAGAGCUCACACCCUUUGAAAGACAGCAAUGAAGUAAUUUAUCGGAUUUAUGCUACAGGAAGUCGGAUUGUUCCACAGAAGUCUCUAUGUCUCCUUUGGAAUCAGGCUUCAGAAAGUUGGUUAUCUGAUAGUGGGUUCUGCAGAGUGAUUGAUGACACAUCAAACUAUGUGGAGUGUGCUUGUUCUCAUAUGUCCAUUUAUGCGGUAUAUGCCCAAACAGACGACUUGUCUUCAUACAAUGAGGCCUUUUUCUCUUCUGGAUUCAUCUGCAUUUCAGGUUUCACUUUGGCUAUUAUCUCUCACCUUUUCUGCACCAGAUGUGCAAUGUUUGCAGCAAAACUUCUCACUCAUAUGAUGGUUGCUUGUUUGGGUACUCAG